AUGCCGUCCGCGGUCAAGGAGUCCCUUGAAUGUGGACUGGACUUCAUUGAGUUUCUUGGGGACAGAGUGACAAUAACUGACAAAAAAGAACUUCGUAGCAUUUACGACUCUGAGUUUAAGGGCAGGGAAGGGAUAAAAGACCCGUCGUUUUAUCGCGUCAUUUCCACUUUGAUUAAAUUCAACAAAGUGACAUUAAGGAAGAAGAAAAUAUUCAUAAAUGCAAAAGCAGAGGUCCGUGUAUACUGUGACCAAUGGAGGAGUCCCCGUCGAGCCACCCAGCCCGAAAGCCCAAGUUUUGGCCCCCAGGAGUCGGCAGGGACCCCCCCACGCUCCGUUACAGGGUCCACUCCCCACAUCCCUGUGCUCACUCCAAAGAAGAAAAUUGUGACAGAAAUUUUAAACAAGUUGAGGUCAAACAGAAAGCAGCUGACAGCCAACAAGAACGACAUAGAGCUUUCGUCUGACCCGACUGAUUCUGAUGGAAGGAUUCAGUUCAGUGUGGAACAUCUCAGAGAGCUGUUCACCGUCACAUUCUGCAUCUUCAACAGAGGAGCGGCUGGGAUCCUCUUCACCUACUACACUGCCCUACACCGCAUGCGCUGCUUCUCCCUGGAGGAUGAGCAGAGGGUGACCAGAGUCAGCCCACUCUUACUGGGACCUGGAGCAAAGUAUGAAGUGAAAGUGUUGUACAGGCUGAGCCACCAUGGAUAUUUUCCUGCCUCUAUGUACUUUGAGUUCUGCUCAGUGUUGCCCGGAUCUGUUCCUUUUUGCAUCGUGCGGGAGAUUGAGGCUGCAGCCAUGACACCUCUGGCUCUGGAGCUGGGCCCAGUGGCUCCGUACAAACCUCUGUAUGUGCCGACCUACAAACCAGUGAACUCUGUCAUAGUGGAAGGAGUUCCCCCAGAAAGCACGGUGAACAAGCCUGUGAUGGCUGUGAAACUAGGGGACUACAAAUAUUCCGUUUACCUCAAGAAUUUGGCUCGACGACGUUUGGAGGACUCUGAGCACCUUUCUGCGGCCGAUAGACAGAAACUGGAAUCUGUGAAGAAUCUUCUAGACCCCCCUCUGAAUAUGAAGAGCUACAAUCAUCGGUUUCAUCUUCUGCUACACUUGGAGGAAAUCCAGAUGGAGGUGGAUAUUCGGAAGUAUGACAUGCAUAAAGCGCCAAUGACUCUAGACCAAAGCAACAAGAGGCUACUUGUACUCGAAGUUCCUGGGGUGGCUGAGAACCGGCCCUCGGUGCUGAGAGGAGACAGUCUGCGAGUGUCAAAGUCUGAAGACCGCGGCUCCCCCAUCACCCUCUACACUGGAUAUGUUCACAGAGUCGAGUUGGACAAAGUCAAACUCGGAUUCUCAAUGAGAUUAUUGCAGACAUUCAUUGACAACAUGAAGUUCAACGUGGAGUUCACCAUCAACCGCUUCAAUCUCAAAAUGCAACAUCGAGCCGUGGAGUUGGCGGUGAAGAGUAAACUUGGAGAUGUACUCUUUCCAACUAAAGCGGCAAAUGACACUGUUCCUGUCUCUAAGCUCAGUAUGUUGAAUCAUCAGUUGGAAAUAAACCCAGAGCAGUACGCAGCAGUUCAGCGCAUUGUAGCUGGCUCUUCAAAGCCUGCUCCACACCUGGUCUUUGGGCCCCCAGGAACCGGGAAGACCAUCACGCUGGUUGAAGCCAUGAAUCAGGUCAAGAGAGCCCACACUGGGGCCCACAUCCUGGCCUGUGCGCCGUCCAACAGCGCCUGUGACCUGCUGUGUGAGAGGCUGCUGGUGCAUAUGGAUCCUCAUCAGGUGUACCGCCUGUACGCCAGCAGCAGAGACCCCAGCACGGUCCCCAAGAGGCUUCUGAAAAAUUGCAAUUGGGACGAGAGACAAGACGCGUUCGUGUUUCCUAAGAUGGAGAUUUUGAUGAACCCCACAGUUGUUAUCGCCACAAUGAUCACAGCUGGAAGACUAGUGUCCGUUGGAGUUCCUGUUGGACAUUUCAGCUACAUCUUUGUGGAUGAAGGGGGGCAGGCCCUGGAGUCCGAGAGUCUAGUUGCAAUUUCAGGUCUGCUCAGUCCAGGGGAUGGUCAGCUGGUGCUAGCAGGGGAUCCCAAGCAGCUCGGGCCAAUACUGCGCUCGCCGCUGGCUCUGCAGCACGGACUCGGAAUCUCUCUUCUUGAAAGACUCAUGACACAGAAUGAGCUGUACAGGAAGACGGACUCUGGCCACUACGACACUCGCUUUGUGACCAAAUUACUCAGGAACUACAGGUCACACCCUGCCAUUUUAAAAAUUCCAAAUGAGAUGUUUUAUGAAAAUGAACUUCAAGUGUUUGCUGACCAAUGGGAGCGUGAGACUUACUGCAAUUGGGAGCAUCUUCCAAAAAAGGGCUUCCCCGUUAUCUUCCAUGGGGUGAUGGGGAAAGACGAGAGAGAAGCAAACAGCCCGUCUUUCUUCAACGUGUCUGAGAUCGAGGUUCUGAUGGACUACCUGGUCAAGCUGAUCGAAACUCAGGGGAAGAAGGGUCUGCCUAAGCUCUCCUCCAAAGACAUCGGGAUCAUUGCUCCAUACAGGAAACAAGUUGAAAAAAUUCGAAAAGCUCUAAAGUCUGUCAAAACUAUUCGCCAGUGGAGCGACAUCACGGAACUCAAGGUGGGCUCAGUGGAGGAGUUCCAAGGGCAGGAGAGAAAGGUGAUCAUGGUUUCCACUGUUCGCAGCUGCAGCAACUACGUCAAAAUGGACAAAGAUUUUAACAUCGGCUUCCUCUCCAACGAGAAGAGAUUCAACGUGGCUGUGACCAGAGCACGCUCGCUCUUGAUACUCGUGGGGAACCCUGUGAUUCUGAGCAAAGAUCCCACUUGGAAAAAAUUCAUAAAUUACUGUGUGAACGAGAACGGAUACACCGGCUUCGACUUCGCAGACGCAGAGGGAGAAGACGAUGUGAUUUCUCGACUGGCGAACCUGAAGAUAAACACUGAGGCUGAAGGCGUCAUCGCAGAAAGUGCUGUUCAACAGUUCGUCGAUCCUGAAUGGAAGAACGAGCAGUAG